UUAUUAUAAAUAUUGAGAUAUCUUGGCGUGUUUUAAGACAAGAUUGUAACCAAGUAUACCGUGUAUUUAAGGUAAAAACAGUCGGUAGUGGCUAUCUUUAUCGACCUUCAGUCGUCUUAAACUGACGCUAACGAUACCAACGGUGCCGUUUACAAAACAGAUCAUCAACAUGGACAAAAAGGAAGCAGAACCCAAAAAGGGACACCCUGUAUUUGUGUAUGUUUUAGCAUGUUUUGCAACUACAGGAGGUUUAUUAUUUGGAUAUGAUACAGGAAUAGUGUCUGGUUCCAUGUUACUUAUUGAAACCAAAGAAAACUUUGAUUUAUCCACUGUUUGGAAAGAAGCAAUUGUCAGUGCUACCAUAGGAGCAGCGGCCCUUUCGGCCUUGAUCGCAGGAUUCCUUACAGAUUUUCUUGGACGAAAAAAGACCAUCAUGAUAGCGAGUGUGGUGUUUGUUAUUGGUGCCAUAGUUAUGGGAGCUGCUCCAGAUAAAUAUGUUUUAUUGGUUGGUAGAAUAGUUGUGGGUAUUGGUAUAGGUUUUGCAUCUAUGACUGUGCCUGUUUACGUUGCUGAAGCAGCUCCAUCAGAUAUUCGAGGUCGCCUGGUAACACUGAAUCAAUUAUUUAUAACCAUUGGUAUUGUUAUAUCUAGUCUCAUAGCUGGUGCUUUCAGUGAGAUGAAGACAACCGGUUGGAGGUACAUGUUGGGUCUUGCUGGUAUACCUGGUGUGGUUCAGUUUAUAGGAUUUAUAUUCAUGCCAGAGAGUCCUCGGUGGUUGGUUUUACGAGGUCGAUUUGAUCAAGCUAGAGAUGUGUUGAAACAGAUAACUGGUCAAGAAGAUGUCGAGGAUGAAUUGGAAGACAUGAAGAGAGCUGUAGCAGAAUCAACCACUGCAAGGGGAGAUGAUGGUGGAUCAGUUUUAGGUAAAAUGUUAACCACACCUCACGUUAGAAGAGCUUUAUUUGCUGGCGCUGGUUUACAAUUCUUUCAACAGUUGUGUGGCAUCAAUACAGUUAUUUAUUACAGUGCCUCUAUUUUAAAACUGGCUGGGUUUCCUGUCAAAUAUGCUAUAUGGUUGGUUAUGGUACCAAAUACGAUCAACUUCCUAUCAACUUUUAUAGGUUUAUAUUUAGUAGAAAGACUGGGGAGGAAACUUCUCACCAUAAUUAGUUUAGCUGGGGUGGCAUUAGCUCUAGCAGUGUUGGCUAUCGGAUUUCAGUUAUCAUACGUUUAUUCACCGGAACUCAACACCACACUUGUAGAAUUUUAUGGUAAUGGUUCAGCUAUUAUGGACUGCAACUCGUAUUCAUAUACGACUUGUGAACAAUGUAUAGAACAUAAAGAUUGUGGUUUUUGCUAUGAUGAGUUAUCUCGAGCUACGUGUUUACCAGCUAAAGAUGAUGUAUUAGCUGAAGAUGGACGAUGUGGUGCCGUUGGAAACAGUACAGAGGUAGCUUCGGGAUUCCAUUGGUCUCAGGGUUAUUGUCCUACAGAUUACACAUGGAUGGCCGUUCUUGGACUGGCGUUUUUUGUCUUUGCUUUUGCUCCAGGUCUUGGACCCAUGCCAUGGACUAUUAAUUCAGAGAUAUAUCCACUCUGGGCCAGAAGUACAGGGACGUCAAUAGCUACAGCCGUCAACUGGAUUUUAAAUCUUAUUAUAUCAUUUACAUUUCUUACCUUGACAGAAACUAUAACAAAACACGGUACAUUUUGGUUGUAUGGUAGUUUCUGUGUAUUAGGAAUAAUAUUCGUCUUUAUUUUUGUACCAGAAACUAAAAAUUUAUCGCUUGAGGAAGUUGAACUCAUGUUUAUGACGAAAAAAGAAAGGGCGUCUAAAGACUUUAAGGAAAAAUCAGCUAAUGGAUUUGUAAUGGAAAUUAACGUGCCCCAACCAGAAGUUGAAAAUUCCGACAUUAAUAUAAUAUCACCGGCUUCAACUUACAACAAUGCCGAUCCAACAUCGACGAAUUAUUACAGUACACCAACAGGAAGUUCGACAAAACUUUAAGAUCUUUUGAACCUACCGUUUAUGACAAAUACCAAGUUUAAAGUGGCAGUUCUGCAAUCUUGUUCUACUUCUAAUAAAACUACUAAAAUCAGAGGAGGGCAUGUGAAAGUUUGAAAUGAGG